AUUUCAAGAUGGCUGCCGAUGUUAGGGAAGCCAACUGUGUUGUCACAGGGGAAACCACCCGAGGGAGUGAUCCGUACCCGUCGUCUCUGCCGUCACACAUCAUUGUCCAGAAUCAGCUGAGAGAUAUCAUACUUGCACAGAACGAAGUUGUUACUCGACUGGGUCAGAAUGUCAGCCAGCAGGAGUCCUUCAUCAGGGAGAAUCUCAUGUCCAGAGAAGAUCAUCAGUCAAAGAUGCAAGAACUGCAGGUGUCCAUGUUGGAAGAUUAUGUACCACGUGAUGAUUAUGAAAAGGUUUUGAAUGAUUAUGAGACAGAGAAGCUGGAGCAUGCCCAGACCAAGGGGAAGCUGAUGGAGGUGACAGAUAAGCUGGAGUUCGCCCUUGGUCAGAUAGAAGUCCUCACCAAGCAGCUUGAGAGGGAGAAAACUGCUUUUGAAAAUGCAUUUGGAAGUCUGAAAACAAAGGCAAUAAAAGAAACAUCGAAAAAUCAGCAGCUGGAAAACAGAUGUCAAGAUAUCGCCCGGCAGUGCAGUGAGAAGGAGGGUGUGCUACAUCAGAGGCAGGAGGAGAUCCGGGUCCUGGAGCGCAAGUUACGGGAACAGGCCCGGGUCAGCAAGUACAGGGUCAGCGAGUUGGAGGUGCAGAGACAGCAGGACCGUUACAUCGCAUCAAUCAUGUGCGGAGACAACAAGAAGACCAAGAUCGGGACAUCCAAACACAAGUGCUGAAUUCAAAGCUUGUCUGCAAGGACACUUGCAAAAGGACUAAUACCAUGAUGUUAUUCACCAAAACUGUGAGCUACAUGCAGGGCGUACGGAAUGUCAUUACCAGGGCAUACAGAAUGUCAUUAGCAGGGCAUACAGAAUGUCAUUAGCAGGGCAUACAGAAUGUCAUUAACAGGGUGUACAGAAUGUUAUUAGCAGGGCAUACAGAAUGUCAUUAGCAGGGCGUACAGAAUGUCAUUAGCAGGGCGUACAGAUGGGGUGUACAAAAUAAGCCUGUACACCCAGAAAGAAUAGAUUUCUUUUCUUUGGAAUAUAUAUGUAGGGAAGCAAGAUCUAUUUUAUUGCCCUUGUGGACUUGGAUAGGUUUUUCACUGAUGCAGUCUAACAGUACACUGUGGUGUUGUAAGCUGACACAGCUAUAUCUUAUAACCAGUUAGAUAGUGUGUCUGCAAGUGGCUGUCAGUCUGCUGCCAUAGGAGCCUUCCUGACAGUAAUUAGUACAGCAAAAGCAAAGAUGAUGGCAUUUGAAUCAGAAACUUGGUCAGGUGUUAACUUUUGGAUCCAAGAGAUCGUGUCAAACUGGACAAAGGGAAGUAACUCUUAUUUGCCAGUGUAGCAGGACACAUGCACUAGAAUGAUUUCUGUUUUGGGCGCUAUGCUUGAAUUUGCUAUAUUCCAAUACAAACCUUCAUUCUCACAUGUUUUAUGAAAUACUAGCAAUCCAUCCUUUUUCAAAAUGGCCACCACAAAAUGGCAGCAGAUCACAAUAUGCCUGGUGUUCUCUCAAUUCUAAGGGGGCACGGGCUCCCCAGUUGUCUAAGGGGCCGUGAUUCGCUGUGCAGAGUUGCGUUCCUUGGACUGUGGUUUCCUAUGAUUGUGGGUUCAAAUACCUGUUCCCCCGGAUUAUGUUUCUAGGUUUUUCAGCACCAUAUUCAUGCUCGUGGGUUU